AUGAGAAUUCUUUUUGUUCAUUUCAAUAUAUUUUCUUUCCGGACUCUUUUGCUGCUCUUUGCAUGCGCCGGCCUCGGCUCCUGCUUCCUCCUGGCCCUCUUCUUCAUCCCCUACCGGCCCUUCCCCCCCCUGCAGCAGCAGCAGCAGCAGCAGCAGCCGCAGCAGCAGCCGCAGCAGCAGCAGCAGGAGGAGGGGGCUGUGGGGAGCGUGCAGGUGGAGGUGGCUGCGGAGUGCGCUGCGGGCGCGAAGGCCGCGGAGAAGCCCGCAGCAGCAGCAGCAGCAGCAGCAGCAGCGACGCCGUUUUUGGCGGAGCUGCUGCGGCCCACCUUUUUGCUGAUGGCUGCUGCCUACAUCCUCAUGAUCUUCAACUUGAUGUUCUUCGUGCCUUCCACGCAGCACUUAAUUCCUGCUGCUUAUGCUGCUAACCAGCUGCUGCAGGUCUUUUCCUUUUUGCCGUGUCCGCUGCUGGGCUUUGCUGCUGACAAGGCCGGCGUUCUUGCUGUUGUCCAUUUUCUCAAUUGCUGCUGCUGCCUCAACUACCUCUUCGUGCUGCUGCCCCGCAUCCCCACCUUCCCCGUGCUGCAGUACCUCGCCGCAGUUUGCUGCGCCCUCCAGGUCUCGUUCAUGAGCUCGCAGCUGUACUGCUACGGGAGCCGCUACUUCUCGCAGCAAAACAUGGGGAGACUAAUUGGGACAACAUUUUGUUUGGCGGGACUUUUGUCUCUUUUGACAAACUUGAUGAGGGAAUAUGCACUGAAACGGAGUUUUGCGCCGAUGUGUCUUCUCGCAAUUUCUUUGUCUUUAGUUGCUGCUGUUCUGAUCUCUUUGCUGCAGUGUUUGGACCGCCGGGGGGCCCUGGGGCCCCCCCGGGCUGCAACAGCAGCAGCAGCAGCGAAAAAGGCGAAGCAGCAGCAGCAGCAGCAGCAGCAGCUGCUCGAGCUGCAGCGCAUUGAAACCUGCAGCGAGCCCCAGAGACCCACAGACGCAGAAGAAACCGAAGUCAAUAAAGAUUAA